CCCAGAUAUUUGAGAUGCCUAAAACGCUUUCAAAAUGCAGGAGACGUUGAUUGGCUACAUUUUGACUGGUGAAAUUCAUUCCGUUAACAGAAACAUUGAGAUACGGGGGUUGGAUAUCUGGUGCCAUAGAAGUUGAAACUAAAGAGCUUGGUGUAUUCAAGGUGCAGUCAACUACGGUUUAAAACCUUCAGCAACACCCUUCUACUGUACACCUGUAAGGAGACUGGCAGGAAGCAGUAGCAUUCAGAGUCCAUGAGCAAGAACAAGAACUGUAAUCAGCAAUGUCGAAGAUACCCCAACUGCUGAAAGUGCCAGCAAAUAAAAAGCGACCUGAUGCACAUGGUUUAGAGUGCAUUGCUCCACUGGUGACAACUGUGGAAGAAACUCCAAACCCGAUUGGCACUGUGAUCAAAGGAAAGAUCCCUUCUUGGAUAAAUGGUAGCUUCCUGCGGAAUGGGCCCGGCAAAUAUGAGUUUGGCAAAAGCAGAUACACACACUGGUUUGAUGGUAUGGCUAUGAUGCAUCGCUUCCACAUUAAAGAUGGAGAGGUGACCUACAGUAGCCGGUUUCUGCGCAGUGAUUCCUAUGAGAAGAACUCUGAGAAGAACCGCAUUGUGGUGUCAGAGUUUGGAACACUUGCCAUGCCAGACCCUUGCAAGAACAUUUUUGCACGGUUCUUCUCCCGUUUCCAGAUUCCAAAGGCAACUGAUAAUGCAAGCGUCAGCUUUGUCAAGUACAAGGGAGAUUUCUAUGUCAGCACAGAAACCAACUACAUGCGCAGGAUUGACCCCCAAACUCUAGAAACCAAGGACAAGGUUGACUGGUCGAAAUACAUAGCAGUCAAUGCAGCUACAGCUCACCCACACUAUGACCGUGAGGGCAAUACUUACAACAUGGGCAACUCGUAUGGUCGCAACGGUUUCUUCUAUAACAUUAUCCGUGUUCCUUCUGGUGAGAGGAAGGAGGAGGUUGACCUAUCUGGCGCAGAGAUCGUUUGCUCCAUUCAAGCAGGGGAACCUAGACGGCCGUCUUACUACCACAGCUUUGCCAUGUCAGAGAACUAUGUGGUUUUUAUUGAGCAGCCCAUUAAGCUGGACUUGUUAAAGUUCAUGCUGUACAGGAUUCAGGGAAAGAGCUUCCACAAAGUCAUGUCUUGGGAGCCUCAGCUUCAUACUGUCUUCCAUGUGGUGGACAGACGCACAGGCAAGCUCCUGAAGACAAAGUACUACACCAGUGCCAUGUUCACCCUCCAUCAGAUUAAUGCUUAUGAGGACCAGGGCCACCUCAUUAUGGACAUGUGCUGUGGAGAUGAUGGCAAUGUCAUCGGGGACUUCACUCUGGAAAACCUCAGGGCUCAAGGAGAGCAACUGGACAAAUUCUUUAAUUCACUCUGCACAAACUUACCACGUCGAUAUGUCCUACCACUGGAAAUAGACGAGAAAGCACCCAAUGAUCAGAAUCUCAUCAACCUACCAAACACGUCUGCCAGGGCUGUGAAAACCGACAGUGGGGUGUUUUGUUUCCAUGAGAACCUCCACAAUGAUGACUUGCUGGAGUAUGGUGGCCUGGAGUUCCCACAAAUAAACUACACCCACUACAACGGUCGUCCGUACCGCUACUACUACGCCUGUGGCUUUGGCCACGUUUUUGGUGACUCGCUCCUUAAGAUGGACCUACAGGGAAAACAAAUUAAGGCAUGGCGGCACCCUGGCAUGUUCCCCUCAGAGCCUGUCUUUGUUGCAGCUCCUGAUGCUGUAGAGGAGGAUGAUGGCGUGGUCAUGUCAAUUGUUAUCACCCCCAGAGAGGAGGGCUCUUUCCUGCUGGUCCUGGAUGCUAAGACGUUUGAGGAGCUGGGCCGUGCUGAAGUUCCUGUCAGGAUCCCUGCUGGCACUCAUGGAAUGUUCAAUGAGAUGGGCUAAAACCAACGGAAAACUGAAAAGGUCUCUCGCGCUAAAGCUACGAAAUCCCAAAUCCCAAUCAUGCACUCUCUUACAUCCCCAAAAAAGACAGAAAUGGGAAAUGCAAAGAGAUUUCUGUAGUUUUGUUGUUGUUGUUGUUGUUAUUGUUAAGAUUGCCUUCAGUAUGGUCAUAGUAAGAAGACUAAACAUGUUUUCAUACUUAGGCCUAUAUUUCGUACUUAUGUUAUCAAGCUGCAGCAUUUGGAAUAUGAUCAUGUUUUAAUGUUUUAGGGGUAUUGAAGUUAAUGCCUUAAUUUCUGUGAUAAAUAAAAUACACAAUGCACAAAAAAUGCACUAUUUUCUACUCCGUGAUAGUUAGCAAACAUUGACCAGUUUGUGGUUCCUGUCAGAGCUAUUUCAUAAACUGAAAUGAAGAACAUGACUAAAUGGAAAACGACAUUCUUUGCAUCACUCAUAAAUGCUUCCACUGUCAUAACUUUUUUUUUUUUUGUAGAACACAGUCCUGACUGAUUGGUUUUGAGUAAGGUGUUUCAUCAGCUUUUUCUAAUACAAUAUGGAAUAAUACAAUACCUUUUGGGGCAAAUUUAUCUCUCACUGCAAUAGUAGAUCAAGUUUAAAGUGGCUUACCAUUUGGUUAAAAAGGGAUUUUUUUUGUUCUCUCUUAACCUUUAAUGAUGCUUGGUGACACUUG